UAUUCUACUAUGUUAUGGAAAUACUUGUUUUAUCUCUUAAGUUCAGAAGAAAUAACAUUUAAAAAAGGGAAUUUCUCUGUUGCUUUACUCUAGGGUACUUUCAAAGUUCUUUCUGUGGCAUUCUCCUCCCUUCACUAGUUUAUCAAUAGCUAAUGAACUGUUUGUUGGCAGUUUAUGAAGGCCACUAAGCUGUUCACUAAUCCUGCUCCCCAGGGCAGAUUUAGUUGAAGGAGGGGCUUGCUGCUUACAGUAUUUAUCUGACUGGGUGAAGGCCAUUGAUCCUGUCCCCUCUCCCCCCUCCCCCAGGCUUUCUUCUCCAAAGUAUUAACUUCUCCAUGUAAAUAUUGCUUUCUCCGCAGUAGAAUGCAAGCUCCUUGAGCGCCUAGACCACGGCCUGACUCCAGCUCGGUGUGGAAUAAAUGCUUAUUGAACGCCUGCGUACAAGGACCUACACCGGCCUCAGACUAGUGGCGGGAGUAACACAUACAGGUGCCUUUCUUGCGUGGGAUGCUUGAAGGGACGUUAGAGGUCCAAACCCCUAAUUCUGCAGAUGAAGAAACAGAGGCCCAGGGAGGUUAAGUUACUAGCUCGAGGUCAUCCAGGUAGUGACCGUGGUGGAAUCUGAACCUAGACUCAGAAAAGGUCUCGUUCAAUACAGCGGAGUUUUUUCCAUCCCCCGUUAAGAUUCUCUCGGUGGGAGAAGCUGAACAUCCAACAGCCUUCCCGGUUGCCAGGAGCAACGGCGGGACACCGCCUUCCGGCCCCAGCCAAUCAGAAACGAGACUGCUGGCCCAAUGAGCGCUUCGGCCUGCUUCCGGCGUUCAGCGCGCUGCCCCGGCGACGGGCCGGACGAUUCCAAACGGGGAGGGGGAGGCAGCGAGACCCCGAGUCAUAAGCUAAAAAAAAAAAAGAACCGCGGAAUCUCCCCGUGUCUCCUCCCCCCGCUCAUCUCGGAGAGUGGGUCAGCCUGAGGAGCGCCGGGGGUCGCCGCAAGCGGAAGCGCCGCGAAUUUCCAGGAGCCCGGGGCUUCCGCGUCCCGGUCGCUGCUCUCAGGGAGCAGGCGGUUCUCCUGACGAAGCCAUCAGGGGAGACGGCGGGCUCGGGCCACACAGCUUUAAAGAAGACCUGUAGUUGAAGGAACGUAGGAUUUGUAGUCAGAAGACCUGAGUUCUGUUUCUGGCACUUCUACUUACUGAUUGCUUAAUCCUGAACAAUCUGUAGGACUCCUUCCUCCUGUGUAAAAGGAGAGGAUCCAAGCAGAUAAUCUCUUACUUAAACCUGCCAUGAGGUGGUCCAUUUACCUUUGGGGUAUGCACCAUGUUGAUUUCUUUGGCUCCUGAGAUGUUUGCAGACCAUCCCUCAUCCACACUUCCUUAUGACUGUCAGUUAAUGAAGCAUUCUACGAACAUUUGUUAAGCAUCUACCACGUAUCAUGUUCUGUGCUGUGCUCUGGGAACAUAAAUCAAUUUGUUAUGCAGUCUCUUCUUGCAAAAGCUUCUGCUUCAAAGGAGAAGACAUAAACUUUCGGCGCUUGAAACUGAACUAAGACUUUUGGGACACCUAUAAAAGGCUACACAGAAUAAAUACAUGCAGAUAAGUACAAAACGGUUACAUACAGACUGGUUGGGAGAUGGGGAAGGACUUUGUUGAUCUGGGUUCUGAAAGCAGAGAGGGAUACCGUUGCUCUAGUUCCCCAGGUUCUCCCAACCUCAGGGCUCCUUGAUUCUUCACUCACACAUAGUCGUAAUGUUCAUGUUGAUUAGCCCGGUAGGACAUGUAUAUAAUCUGGAACUAGACAGAUGGUGGUGGUACGGACUCAGAACAAUUUCAGGUAUAUAUUUUGAUAUAAUUUUUUAGGCUGAUAAGUGUGUGAUCCAAAAAGUCUGGAGACCACUGGCCUAAAGGACAUUGGUUACAUUUGAAGACUGAAAUCCACAGAGAUGAAACUGAGGAGGCUAUAGCUCACCUUUAAGAUGGAGAACUUUAUUCUUUAUGAAGAGAUCGGGAGAGGAAGCAAGACUGUUGUUUAUAAAGGCCGAAGGAAAGGCACGAUUAAUUUUGUAGCCAUUCUUUGUACUGAUAAAUGCAAAAGACCUGAAAUAACCAACUGGGUUCGCCUCACCAGUGAAAUUAAACACAAGAAUAUAGUCACUUUCCAUGAAUGGUAUGAGACGAGCAAUCAUCUCUGGCUUGUAGUAGAAUUGUGCACAGGUGGUUCCUUAGAACUGGUCAUUGCUCAAGAUGAACACCUGCCUGAAGAUGCAGUGAGAGAAUUUGGGCUCGACUUGGUGACCGGGUUACAUCAUCUUCAUAAACUUGGAAUUCUCUUCUGUGAUCUUUCUCCUGGGAAGAUCCUCUUGGAAGGACCUGGCACAUUGAAAUAUAGUAAUUUUAGCCUGGCCAAAGCAGAAGGUGAAAAUUUGGAAGAGUUCUUUGCUUUGGUGGCAUCAGAAGAAGGUGGAGGUGAUGGUGAGAACAUACAGAGAAGAUGUAUGAGAAGUAGAGUCAAAGGCUCUCCCAUCUACACUGCCCCGGAAGUUAUGAAGGGCAUGGACUUCUCCAUAGAGAGUGAUCUGUGGUCUUUGGGUUGUCUACUCUAUGAAAUGUUCUCAGGAAGACCACCCUUCUUCUCAGAAAGCUUUUCUGACUUAGUUGAACAGAUUUUAUAUCAAGAUCUUUUGCCACCUACACCAAAAGAUAGUACUCUUCCCGAAGCAUCUUCUGAAUUUAUUAAUUUACUUGAUGGACUACUUCAAAAAGAGCCUCAAAAAAGAUUGACUUGGGCAGGUGUAUUACAGCAUUCGUUUUGGAAGGAAGCUUUCAAUAGAAAAGACCGUGACUGUCUGAACACCCAAGAUGCCAGCUUCAGAAAAAUCAUGGAGUAUUCCUUACGUGAAGAGUGUGAAGAGCUGUUGAAAAGCAAGGAGAAUGUACAGACCACAGGGCUGAAUAUCAGCCAACAAUUUAACAAGUCUUUUAAAUUAGAAAAUCCAGCUGAGUUGCGGCCCAAGAGUGCUCUUGGAAGUGGUCAGUUGAAUGAAUCUAUAUUUCUUCUCAGUUCUCGCCCUACUCCUAGAACCAGCACUGCAGUGGGGGGCCAUUCUGAUGUUGUGACCCAUCAACCAGCCCUGCAGACUCCUUCAACUGAGGUGAGAAAUCUAUAUUUAUCUCAGCAGGACAUAGAAUCCAGAAUGAAGGAGCUCAUCUAUACUGAUGAUGACCUUAUUGUGACCCCAAUAAUUGAUAAUCCAAAGAUAAUGAAACAACCACCCAUUAGAUUUGAUGUGAAAAUGCUACAUUUACCAGCAUAUACAGCCGAGAAGUUAUUAUUUUUAAAGGAACAAGACUGGCAUGAGUUUUUACAACAAGUCUGUUGCCAGCUGGACACCACCGAGAAGAGCACAGCAGCCUCACGGGCCAAACUCAAUCUGCUUUACUACCUGUGCACCAUCUCCAACCACAAGGAGGUAGCCACGAAGCUGAUGCACUCACAGCUGUUGCCACUGUUAAUCCAGCAGCUCCGAGCAGCUCCAAAUUGGGAUAUACGAGCCAAGGUUGCCCGGGUCAUUGGAUUGCUGGCAUCCCAUACAACUGAACUGCAAGAAAAUGUGCCUGUCACUGAGGCAGUUACUCUCUUAACUGAACUAAUUAGAGAAAACUUCAGGAACAGCAAAUUAAAACAGUGCCUUUUACCAACCCUUGGGGAGCUCAUCUACCUUGUAGCUAGUCAGGAAGAAAAAAAAGAGCACCCUCGAGAGUGCUGGGUCGUUCCCUUGGCUGCUUACACUGUGCUAAUGAGAUGCCUUCGGGAAGGGGAAGAACGUGUUGUGAAUCAUAUGGCAGCAAAGAUUAUUGAGAACGUCUGUACUACCUUUUCUGUCCAAGCCCAGGGCUUUAUCACAGGGGAAAUUGGACCAGUUUUGUGGUACCUCUUCAAACAUUCCACCAUAGACUCUCUGAGGAUCACAGCUAUAUCGGCUCUGUGCCGAAUCACGCGCCAUUCCCCUAAUGCUUUCCAGAAUGUGAUUGAGAAGGUGGGUCUGACUUCAGUCAUCAACUCCUUGGCCUCUGCCAUCUGCAAAGUGCAGCAGUACAUGCUGACCUUGUUCACUGCCAUGUUGUCAUGUGGGAUUCACCUUCAGAGACUCAUUCAAGAAAAGGACUUUGUUACCACCGUUAUCCGUCUGUUUGACAGUCCUUCAACUUCCAUUCGAGCAAAAGCUUUUCUGGUCCUUCUGUAUGUUUUGCUUCAUAAUCGAGAGAUGUUGCUUCUAAGUUGCCAAGCAAGACUGGUAAUGUACAUUGAAAGAGACAGCAGAAAGGCCACACCAGGAAAGGAGCAGCAGAGCGGCAAUGAGUACCUGUCCAAAUGCCUAGAUCUUCUCAUCUAUCACAUUGUACAGGAGCUGCCGGGAAUUCUGGGUGAUGUUCUCAGCGCAUUGGCUAAUGUUUCUGGACGCAAACAUCCGUCGACGCUGCAGGUUAAGCAGCUGAAGAUCUGUCUUCCAAUGAUGCCUGUAGUGCUUCACCUUGUGACCUCACAGGUAUUCCGCCCUCAAGUUGUAACUGAGGAGUUUCUUUUCAGUUGUGGAACUUUGCUCAAUCAUAUUAAGUCCAUAGACUCAGGAGAGACCAAUAUAGAUGGAGCCAUAGGUCCAACAGCAUCAGAAGAAUUGAUCAAGAUCACUUUAUUAGCUUUUGAAGCAGUAACACAGCAUCCAGCCUUGCUGACGCAUUUUCGCUCUACGGUGGUGGACUAUAUCCUCCCCCCCUUGGUCACUUUGGUUCAAAGUCAGAAUGUGGAAUGGAGACUCUUCAGUUUGCGGUUGUUGUCAGAAACCACGUCAUUGCUUGUCAGCCACAAGGUUGUGGCGGAGGAGAAAGAGGAGAGCCUAAAUUCCAACACCAAGCUUCUGUCUCUGAUUCAAGAUGUACUGCUUCCUGAGUAUGAGCAUGUUCUUAUGGAACCUGACCCGGUACCAGCCUACGCUCUGAAACUGCUGGUAGCCAUGACUGAACAUAAUCCAGCUUUUACCAGCCUUGUUGAAGAAAGCAAACUGAUCCCAGUUCUUUUUGAAGUAAUUCUGGAACACCAGGAAAGCAUUCUGGGCAACACCAUGCAGAGUGUCAUCGCCCUACUCAAUAACCUGGUUGCCUACAAAGAGUCGAAUAUGAAGCUGCUCUAUGAACAAGGGUUGGUCCAGCACAUAUGCAACCUUUUAAUUGAAACCUCAGCCUUGUACCUGGACAUGGACAAUAAAAACAACAUCAAGACUGCCAAUGCUUUGCUGUUUUCCCUGCUUGACAUUCUGCACUGCAUGCUCAUCCACACGUCUACCAUUGUUCGGAUGACGCUACAGGCCCAGAAGAAUGGUGCAGGAGGGGACACUCAGGCUGCUGAAGACCUUUUGCUUGUUAAUAAACCUCUGACAGACCUAAUUAGCUUGCUUAUUCAGCUGCUUCCUAGUGAAGAUCCAGAGAUAUUCGAGGUUUCAUCAAGGUGCUUGUCUGUGUUAGUUCAACUGUACGGAGGAGACAAUGCGGAGAGCAUGUCUCCAGAAAAUAUGGACAACUUUGCUGAACUACUGAAGUCCAAGAAGGAUCCCAAGGAGCAAAAGCUUCUAUUGAGAGUCAUAAAAAGGCUGAUCACUUCAAACGAGAAGCACUUGGAGAGCCUGAAGAAGGAUGGCGCUGCGCUUAUCCGCUCGCUGGAGGCCUUGGCCCCACCCAGCAGCCCCCAGGACAACACUGUUGUUUCUUUGGCUAAAGAAAUUCUCGAAAUAGCUGGACACCAGAAAUGAAGGCAGCCAGGAGGGUCACCCAACAGCACCAGCCCCCUGGGCCUGGAGGAGGAAGACCCACCCCUCUGAUCCUGGGGGGCAUUUCCCUGAAUUCACCAGCAUCUGCUUUCAGUGGCCUACAGUCAUCUCUUUGCCUCUCUGGGCCAUCAAGGAUGGGUUCACUGUUUUGCUCAUUUUUUUUUUAAAGGGAAAGUAGAGUCAUCUACAUAGUCACCCUUAAGGGCCACUUUGGUGUUGUAGACCCCCUGAACUAUACAAGCAAAUAAAGAGUUGGGUCAUCAGUGGCAUCCCCCA